CUUCUGAAUCCGGGUCAAGGGUGUCCACCCCCUCUUCUCCCCGGCUGAUCCGGCACCGUCCGUGACAGCGGCUCCUGACUCAACCCGGGGCGGUUUUCAUCCCACGACCUGCCGGAGCCCGGACGCCCACAACUGCCGCAGAACGCGGAGGCGUGCUUCCUCAUCCACUGGCUCGCAGCCCCGGCCCCUGAGCACCCGUAGCCGCCAGGGGACCCCGCUGGCCCCUCAGAGCUGAUGCUGAGGCCCCGCGGGCCCGGGGCGGCGGCGGAGUGCGGGCCUCUGGCUUCUUAGGCCCAUCGCGGGCGGUGCCGGUUCUUACGCGCCCCAGGCUUGCCAACUCCCGCCCGGGCUUGGAUGGGCCCCCCUGCCCGAUAAAUGUGGCUACUGAGGCAGCGGUGGCGGUGGUCGGUCCCGCUGCUGCUGCUGCGCUCCAAGUUCACCUCCGCCCCGGGGCUCUCCUGGCCCACCCUGGGGCCGUGGCCGCCCGCUCCUUCCUCACUGGGCCGGGCCUUGAAGCGUGGCGACAAUGGACAAGAUCCUGGAGGGCCUGGUGAGUUCUUCGCACCCGCUGCCCCUCAAGCGGGUGAUCGUGCGGAAGGUGGUGGAGUCGGCGGAGCAUUGGCUGGACGAGGCGCAAUGCGAGGCCAUGUUUGACCUGACGACGCGACUCAUCCUGGAGGGCCAGGACCCCUUUCAGCGGCAGGUGGGCCAUCAAGUGCUGGAGGCCUACGCGCGCUACCACCGGCCAGAGUUCGAGUCCUUCUUCAAUAAGACGUUCGUGCUGGGCCUCCUCCAACAGGGCUACCACUCUCUGGACAGGAAGGACGUAGCCAUCCUGGACUACAUUCACAACGGCUUGAAGCUGAUCAUGAGCUGCCCGUCGGUGCUGGACCUCUUCAGCCUGCUGCAGGUGGAGGUGCUGCGGAUGGUGUGUGAGAGGCCGGAGCCGCAGCUUUGCGCCCGACUGAGCGACCUCCUGACCGACUUCGUGCAGUGCAUCCCCAAGGGGAAAUUGUCCAUCACCUUCUGCCAACAGCUGGUUCGAACGAUAGGCCACUUCCAGUGCGUGUCCACCCAGGAGAAAGAGCUGCGGGAAUAUGUCUCACAGGUGACAAAAGUGAGUAACUUGCUCCAGAACAUCUGGAAGGCCGAGCCCUCCACCUUGCUGCCUUCCCUGCAAGAAGUUUUUGCAAGCAUUUCUUCCACAGAUGCAUCGUUUGAACCUUCUGUGGCAUUGGCAAGCCUUGUGCAGCACAUUCCUCUUCAGAUGAUAACAGUUCUCAUCAGGAGCCUUACUACAGAUCCAAAUGUAAAAGAUGCAAGUAUGACCCAAGCUCUUUGCAGAAUGAUUGACUGGCUCUCCUGGCCGUUGGCUCAGCAUGUAGACACAUGGGUGAUUGCACUCCUGAAAGGACUGGCAGCUGUCCAGAAGUUUACUAUUUUGAUAGAUGUUACUUUACUGAAGAUAGAACUGGUUUUUAAUCGGCUUUGGUUUCCUCUUGUGAGACCCGGUGCUCUCACAGUUCUUUCUCACAUGCUGCUUAGUUUUCAGCAUUCUCCAGAGGCAUUCCAUUUGAUUGUUCCUCAUGUAGUUAAUUUGGUUCACUCCUUCAAAAGUGAUGGUCUGCCUUCCAGUACAACCUUCCUAGUGCAAUUAACAGAACUGAUACACUGUAUGAUGUAUCAUUAUUCUGGAUUUCCAGAUCUCUACGAACCUAUCCUGGAAGCAAUAAAGGAUUUUCCUAAGCCCAGUGAAGAGAAGAUUAAACUGAUUCUCAGUCAAAGUGCCUGGACUUCUCAAUCCAAUUCUUUGGCAUCUUGCUUGUCUAGACUUUCUGGAAAAUCUGAAACUGGGAAAACUGGUCUUAUUAAUCUAGGGAAUACAUGUUAUAUGAACAGUGUUAUACAAGCAUUGUUUAUGGCCACAGAUUUCAGAAGACAAGUAUUAUCUUUAAAUCUAAAUGGGUGCAAUUCAUUAAUGAAAAAAUUACAGCAUCUUUUUGCCUUUUUGGCUCAUACACAGAGAGAAGCGUAUGCACCUCGGAUAUUCUUUGAGGCUUCCAGACCUCCAUGGUUUACCCCCAGAUCACAACAAGACUGUUCUGAAUACCUCAGGUUUCUACUAGACAGGCUCCAUGAAGAAGAAAAGAUCUUGAAAGUUCAGUCCUCACACAAGCUUUCUGAAAGUCUGGGGUGCAGUGAAACUUCUUUACAAGAAGUAGCCAAUAAGGCAGCUGUACUAACAGAGACCCCUUGCACAAGUGAUAGUGAGAAGACAUUAAUCGAAAAAAUGUUUGGAGGAAAACUACAAACUCACAUAUGUUGUUUGAACUGCAGGAGUACCUCACAAAAAGUGGAAGCCUUUACAGAUCUUUCACUUGCCUUUUGUCCUUCCUCUUCUAUGGAAAACUUGUCUUUUCAAGAACCGGCAUCAUCACCCAGUACACAAGAUGGUGGUCUAAUGCAGGCCAGUGUACCUGGUCCUUCAAAAGAACCAGGAGUCUGUAAUCCAUCAACAGCUGCCUUUGCCUGUUACUCAGCUGUGAAUGAAAGAAUGGUGGACAGUCCUGAUGAGUUUCGCUGUAGUGAAGACACUUCUGUCCCUAAUGACUCUAACAAGAUGCUUGUUAAUAAAGAUGUACCUCAGAAAGCAGGAGGUGAAACCACAUCUUCAGUAACUGACUUACUAAAUUAUUUUUUGGCUCCAGAGAUUCUUACUGGUGACAACCAAUAUUAUUGUGAAAACUGUGCCUCUCUGCAGAAUGCCGAGAAAACUAUGCAAAUCACGGAGGAACCUGAAUACCUUAUUCUUACUCUCCUAAGAUUUUCAUAUGAUCAGAAGUAUCAUGUGAGAAGAAAAAUCCUAGACAAUGUGUCACUGCCACUGGUUUUGGAGUUGCCAGUUAAAAGAACUACUUCUUUCUCUUCGUUGUCAGAAAGUUGGUCUUUAGAUGUUGACUUCACUGAUAUUAGUGAGAAUCUAGCUAAAAAAUUAAAGCCUUCUGGGACUGAAGAAGCUUGCUCCCCAAAAUUGGUGCCCUAUCUAUUGAGUUCUGUUGUCGUUCACUCUGGUGUAUCCUCUGAAAGCGGACAUUACUAUUCUUAUGCCAGAAACAUCACAGGUACAGAGUCCUCAUACCAGAUGUGCCACCAGCCCGAAACUCUGACAUUAGCCUCCUCCCAGAGUCAUUUAUUAGGGAGAGAUAGUCCCAGUGCAGUUAUUGAACAGGAUUUGGAAAAUAAGGAAAUGUCAAAAGAAUGGUUUUUAUUUAAUGACAGCAGAGUGACGUUUACUUCAUUUCAGUCAGUCCAGAAAAUUACGAGUAGGUUUCCCAAGGACACAGCUUAUGUGCUGUUGUAUAAAAAACAGAACAGCACUAAUGGUUUAAGUGGGAAUAAUUCAACCACUGGACUCUGGGUAAAUGGAGACCCACCUCUACAGAAAGAACUAAUGGAUGCUAUAACAAAAGACAAUAAACUAUAUUUACAGGAACAAGAGCUGAAUGCUCGAGCCCGGGCCCUACAAGCUGCAUCUGCAUCCUGUUCAUUUCGGCCCAAUGGAUUUGACGACAAUGAUCCACCAGGAAGCUGUGGACCAACUGGUGGUGGGGGUGGAGGAGGGUUUAAUACAGUUGGCAGACUCGUAUUUUGAUGCUGAGAGAGUCCAAAAUGCACUGGUCACAAAACAUCCAAUACUAUGACUGUUUAAAUGUCAGACUGUAACAAAUAUCAUAUCUAUCUUUUAUUUUUCUUUUCAUUAGACCGUUAUACAAGAAAACAUAGUGCUUGUUUUCAUUUUGUUGACAAAACGUUUAUUAACAAAAUGCAUCAUUGGGAAAAAAUCUACCUCUUAAAAUUCCAUUUUCUUUUAUGGUUAGACAUGCUUGACCAAAAAUUUUCAGAGGCAAAUAUGUACCUGGUCCCUAAUUAAGCUGCAUUAAAUUUAGUAGAGGCAAUUAAAUGGUCCUGUCCUCAGUUCUACUGAACAAAAGAUAGAUUUCAUUUAGCAUCCUUUAUAAAAGAAUUGGUGUUAGAGGUGAAGGAAAUAUUGUUAGUAAGGAAAGAAAGAAAAUCUUUUAUUUCCUGUGUAGUUACCCCAUUAUUAAAUUCAAGUCUUUGAGAAUACUAGAGAUGAUAUAGUCUCUCAUGAAGGCAAUAACAUAAACUUUUAUCGAGCUGUAGUACUUUUCAGGUUUGUUCAGUGCUGUCUUCAGCAUCACUGUAUCUACAUUUCAAGUACAAAUGUUUUAAAAAAGGAUUAUUUAUACAUAUGUGCUGAAUUGAUUUUAAGAAAGGUGCAUGAUCCUGUAGGAGCCACAUUUUUACCUAAAAAUUGCUAACUUUGUAGUGUUUCUAAUUGUUUGAGGAUUUUAAAAAUUCUAUUUCAGGGAGUAUAUCUUCUGUGUGUUUUGAAGGAGGUGAGUUCUGUAUGUGCCUUGCAGUACUGUAAUUCAAAAAUAGGAAUCUUUGGCUGCGGAAAAGUUUUUUACAAAUGAAAUGUUAGGAAGUAAUUUUUUGUGCUAAUGUUAAAAUUAUAACCUUUUGAAAGGUAUUAGAUUUUCCUGAAGUAAAAUCUGAUGGUUCUAAAUCAAUAAGUGUAAUAGUUUGUUUUUAACUCUUCGAAGAAUUCAGAGGAAAUCAACCUAGUCAAGUAAAAAAAUUUUUUCGAUUUUGUUACUUAAUCCUCAGAAUAUUAAACAUUGAUCACAUAUUUUUAGAGUUA